UGAGAGUGCCGUGAGCUUCGACUCAUCGCGAAAAUCUAACAUGAAGAUAGCGGUGUUUCUCGUCGUUGCUUCGUGGGUGACGAGCUGCUCGUUAACAAAUGAGGCCACAUUCUCUCGUGUGACUGCAGUCCAACUACAGAGACUUGCACCUUUUCGAUUAUUCUUUUUAGACAAGGAUACUUCUAGAAGGACUAACAAGCCUCUUCAUCAAUAUCUACAAAUUCCAAUUGAUUUUAAUGAGCUUAUACGCAUUUUCAAUGGCUCGGAAUCAUAUGAUAGGCGCGUAAAUUCCAUAAAGCUUAGUUCUCAACAGAUAGAUGCUCUGAACAGGUACACAGACAAACUGAUACAGAACGAGCGUGUACAAUCGUACGUCCAGGAACGAAUCAAAAGAGAUGGUUACGAUGGAAGCUAUGGAACAGGAGGGGGUGGCUCCGAAUCAUUUUUAUCAGAACUAGCAGGUCAACUAGUUGGUGGUGUCGUUCAGUUGUCAUCAACCGCAUCUAAAGGGUCAUCUAGCUUUAGUGGAUUUAAGUCCCCCCCGCCGGUAUAUGGAGCACCAGUAUACCACUCGUAUAGUAAGGAUAGUUUCAAUAUCUGGGACUUCAAACGGGCUAUCUUAAAUACGCUUAUCCAAGCAGUGAAGGCGGUUGGCGGUGGCGUGUUAGCCUUAAAGGGUCAAUUAAUAAAAGGAGGCGGCUUUUUAGUGUCUACAAAGGGCCGUAUAAUUAGUAGCGCUGGAGAAGCGAUUUCGGGGUUGGGUAAGAGUCUGGCAAGUAGCGCCAUUAUACAACCUCUUCCACAUUAUCCAGCAUAUGGGCAAACAGGAAACAAGUUAGAGACACCCCAAAUUAUAGCUCAUCAUGAACAUUAUGAGGGUCCACCACCAAGUCCAGAUGAAUACCAUUCCUCAUUUGGGGCAAAUUCGAAUACGGUAUAUGCCUACGCGUAUUAUCCACAAUAUCUUCACUACGAUUACCGAAGAUCUAAGUCAGUUGGUUGAUUCGUGUGUGUGCGUGCAUGCGUGCACGUGUGUGUGUGUGCGUGCGUGCGUGCAUACGUGCGUGUGUCAAUGGCAAGAAGUCUACGAAGCAGAAGAUUACCCAAAGAUCUUUAACUAUGAUCUAUCACAGUUUCCAGCUAAAUUUGUU